GUAAAGUGACAACUGUGUUAAAAAGUCUGUGCAUUAAACCCUCCCCUUUCUGAACAGUAAUAAAAGACGACUGAAACGUAGCUUGAUCAUUCCUCCUACAAGCAAAGAUGUAUCAGCACAUCUCCAUUCUACUUCUGUUCAUUUUCAUCACUGGAGCACACUCACUCAAAUGUUAUGAGUGCACUAGUCUGGGGUCAGGAUCUUGUGAGGUAAAAGAGAAGACAUGUACUAAUGGAGAGACUAAAUGUUUAAAAAUGACAACCGUUUCAGGUUCAACUAAGACAUCCACAACUAAAUCAUGUGAAAUGACUUGUGAAGAAAAUACCAUAAUAAUGCCCACUGGGAAAAUUUCUACCUAUUGCUGUGAUACCGACCUUUGCAACGGCACAGGUGGACUCUAUAAGGGCGGAUUCCUCCUCCUCCUGUGUCCGCUCUUCAUCCUCACCCUGUUUCACUGAAAUCACUGAACUUCAGUGUAACACAAUUUACAAAAUUGUUUACUACUAUAUAAUGCUUGUUAAACAGUUUUGAGCUUAGAAACAACAUAAUUCACAAUUGCUUAUACAUUUAAGACUUUAUCUACAGUAUUGCUUACAUUUGAGCUUUAUUACUGCAUGAACAAAAUACUUUUGAUAAUGCUUUCUUUGUGAUAGCUUAAAGGUGAUGUGUGUAAAGUUUAGCGGCAUCUAGUGGUGAGAUUGUGAAUUGCAACCAACAGCUCACCCCUCAAUUGUUUUUAAAACGCAUAUGGUAGCCACCACAGGACAAACAUGUCAUCGUCUGAGGCAAUGUAGGGACAAAACGCCACGUUUGUCCGUUUAGGGCUACUAUAGAAACAUGACGGCGCUUUUCAUGUAAUAGGACCUGCGGUGUAUGUAGAUAAAAAUGGCUCAUUCCUAAAAAUAAAACAGUUCAUUUUGUAAGGUCUUUAUACACCACUGAUAAUAUAUUUGAUUGCAUGUCUGUCAAGAGAUCCUCCUAAAAGUUACACAAUGCACCUGUAAUUUUUAUUGUAUUUUCAUUGGUGUUGUAUUUCUAGCAAAAUAUAUUCUGGGGACAGAAAAAAAGAAAUAAAACAUAAUCACAACAAUUC